CCUGACUGGGUUGAAUUUAACGUGAAGCUGCUCCAUUGUUCAGGGCUCCCUGCACCAUAUAUAUUGACAGAAGCUACUGUUUACAUGGACUUUUCAUCCCUUCAUUGUUUGCUUAUGGAAAAUAAGGGGGAGUGACAAAAAAGAGAAGGGAAAGGGAGAGAGAAGAGGGAGGCACUGACCACAGUGCAGAACCACCCAAUAACCUUGUCUUAUGUGAUCAUUAACCUUGCUGGAAAAUGCAACUGGCAGUUCAUUCUGGAGCUUGUCAUUAGGAUGUGAGCAGAGACACAGAUACUGCAGAGGCAUUUUAAGGAUUUUUUUAUUUGCUGCAAGUAUUAUAAAUAUUUCACCUAUUUUGUGUGACUGCAAAAUGAGAUUCCAACAGCUCCUUUACAUCUUAUUUUUUCUCAUGAUGAGUCUUCUCCUUAUCAAUGGACAGAGGCCAGCUAACCUGGCCCUGCGCAGAAAGCUGCACAGACACAACUGCUCCCACAGGAGAUGCAUGCCUCUCCACUCCAGAGUGCCCUUCCCCUGAG